AAAGGGAAAAAAAAGAAAAAAGCAGCCUGGACAUUCCCAGGCUGGGAAAUACAGCAGAAACCGUGGAGGAGAAGAGGAACACUAUUUUUAUCUCUGUUUUUUUUUUCCUAUUUCUUCUUUUUAACAGGCUGCAAACUUCUGUCCUUGAAAAAAAGGGAGAAGAUUUGUAGAGGAAAGCGAGACCCAGAUGAGGGGGGUAAAGAAGGUCGCUCAGUAGCGUGAAGAGAAACUUGUGCGGAGAAUGUGGAGAGGAAGCGGAGUCAGGAAAGCAGCUCGGGACUAUGUAGGAAUUCCUGACUGAAGUCAUGGGUUCAGAGGCAAUGGAGGACUGUGUGCAGGGGGCGCUCUCGUCGCUUUACCCCCCUUUUGAGAGCACGGCGCCGCCCCUCCUCUCCCAGGUCUUCUCGGUCUUGGAGUCAACGUACCAGCACGACAGUCUGCGCUACCUCCUGGACUACUUUGUCCCCGCAAAGCACCUCUUGCACAAACUCCAGCAGCAUGCCUGCUCACAAUACCUUGGCUGCUUGUUCCUUCACUCCGGGUGGCCACUUUGUCUGGGCGAGAAAGUGGUUGUACAACUUUCCACUUUGGACUGGAGGCUUCUACGCAGUAAUGACUUCUACCUGCAGGUGGUGCCCUUUUCCACUCGGUGCCCCCGGCUGGCCCUAAAAUGUUUGGCACCGGGGGGUCGUACGGUUCAGGAAAUCCUGGUGCCCGAGUCGCAGCACCCUCUUGUGUUUACCUCUGAGUGGCUACACAGCGUCAACAAGGAGCGGGGUCACAAGAGAGAGGUCGGAGGAGGGCUUGACACUUGCCUGGUCAGUACAUGUGACGGUGUGGUACGAAUCCCAUGGAAGGAAGUUGUCUACCCAAAGUUUAUCCACGACCCAUCGGAAGAGCUGGGUCUGAUGGCCAACCGUGAGGGCAUGAUGUCCGAGCGCCUUCCCAGCGAGGGAGGCAGCAGCCUCGGGGGCUGGGGUGGCUCAUCCUCUGGGGAACUGGACUCCUGGUCCUGGGAUGAGGAAGACGAUGACGAUCUUCCACCCGAUGGCUUGGACUCCGACCUUGCGCUCAGGCGGCGGCGCAGCGAGGACGGGCUGGGACGGACUGCUAGGCAAAGUCACCUCGAUGGGGAUUAUGUGGAGCUUCUGGAACCCAGAGGGGGUCCUGAUGGCGGGGUAGACCCAAGGCAGAGGUACCUUGAGAUGCAUGGAAUUUGUAAGACCAAGACUUUGCCUCUGUGCAAGAGAAGUAAGGCCAUUAAACUGCGCAAGGGGAGAGCUUGGGGAUAUGGGAAAAUGGAGAGGGCCGGAAGCUUUCGGGGUAUUCAAGGCACUAAAAGUGAUGUGGUGACUCCUAAGGAUGAUAAACUACUACCAAAGCCUCCACUAGGAGCUCCAGAACCUCCCAGAGGAAGACGGUCCUACUCCUCCUCUAUUCAGGACUCUGAUGAAGGAGAUAAAACGAGCAAAGGCUCAGAAUGCGCAGGAAGCCACCGUCCGUAUUGCGAUGGCCCAUUCAAAGAGAGGAGGCCAGGUGUGGGCAGGGAGAGGGAUAGCAACGGCUUUACGAAGCCAUGCAGAGACGAUAACUCCCUGAGCGGUGACAGCUUAGGCACAAACGAGACCCGGGAUGUCACCAGCAAAGAAGUGGGGCAUGUCGCAGAGGGCAACUCGGAUCACGGAUCUCAUUCAGACUCUGUUUUUGAGGAUAGUGAGAAACCACUGAGUGGAGACAGCGAUGCUGUCACCCCGACGUCAGAGGCACCAGACAAACCGUUCACCGAAGUCUCCAAAAGUGAAGACAUUACCACAAGAGGGUCCAAAACGAAUAACUCACCUAAACCGAAGGCCACAGAUGAAUGGGAUGGAGGAAAGGUGGAGGACAGAGUAUGUCCCAGAGGAAAAGAAAUCAAAACAGCGGGUUUCAGAGCACCAAGGAGGAAAAGGAAGGGAAAGGGGGCCAAACGGAGGGCAAGGUCGGGUGGCCGUGCAAACCAGAAGGGCUCCAAACCGCAGGCUAAAGGCUCUUUACCAAGCCCCACCACCUGCUCUUUAUCAACAAAGCCGCCAGCCGCUGACGAGAACCAGACCAAACACACCGAAGCGUCCCACGAACCUGACGGAGUGCUCACAGCGACUAAUAAAGGGAAAGAGAACACAAGAAAAAGUAGCGCAGCAGAGGCAGGUGCCGAAUCUCUGCCCGUAUGUAAUGGCCAGUCUGGCGUAUCUUUAUUUAACCACUCGACGGAGGAGGCUGGGUCAGCAGAGACAUGUCCUGACCAACAGAAUGGUGAUACCUCAAAAGAGCCGGCCCUGCUGAGGGAGCUGGAUGCAGACCUCCUCCAGUCAGGGAAGCUACAACUGACAGGUACGGUGGACAGGCUGGGACGUGCUCUGGUUUUAAUGGAUGCUUCAGAGGAGGGUCCCAGUGUGAAGGAGAUGGCCCAGAUUCUGGCAUGCUACCACCGAAUCACUCGGCCGGCGGCCAGAGAAAAAGGUCUGACGGUGUUAAUGGACAGCAGACUCUCUCCACCAUCUGCCGUCUGCUUCUCUGCACUUAAACUGUUCCAGGUGCUGGUUCCCGGCGGUCUCGGAUCCGUCCUGGUUCUGGUGGACGAGCAGCAGGAGCCCUUCUCCUGCAACCUGAAAGGAGCGGAGGCUCACACAGUCCAGGGAACUGGAGUCCUUCAGCAGUACAUAGACAGGCAACAGCUACCCACACAGCUGGAUGGAGACUUCAGUCACUGCCACUCCGACUGGCUGACCUUCAGACUGAGUCUGGAAAGCCUGACAGUACGCUGCGAGAGCGCGCUCUCCCUGCUGGCCGAAGCGCAGCAGGCCAUGGAGACGGAGCCUCUGCCUGCCGAUAUACAGGCUGUUCCCGAGAGCAUCGACAAGCACCGGCAGCUCAUGGCCAGCGUGUUGGCCGACCAGCGCCUGACCGAGCUCCAGCGGAGGGGCGGGGCUUGGCUCGCAGGCUUGACCAGCUCCACGUCCGGUCUGGCGCAGAAGUCCCCCGACUGCAGGGCUGCACUGGCUGCCACCUCUAAACUGUACGACAGCGCGGACGAUGCCCUUCACCAGCUCGUCCGGGUGUCCAACCAGAGAGGCCGCGAUCUGGAAGCACUGGGACGACUGGCAGGACUGGUGGACAAACUGGAAAAGUGUGAUAAGGAGAUUGAGCAAGUGCAGUCACAGCUGGAGGACUACAAGGAGCCCCCCCUCUCCCUCAGCCGGCUCUCGCUCAAGCAGCAGAGGUUCAGGACCUUCCGAGAAACGGCUAACGAGCUGCACAGUGAGACUCUGGCAGUGCUGAGCGAUUUGGAGGGCUGGUGUGAACUGAACUGGGCAGGGCUGGGCAACAUCCAGAUCCGGCUUCCCCCGGUGAGGGAGAAGCUGCGAGACAUGUCCCACUGCCUGUCGGACUGCUGGACCACGCUGGACAACACGCAGAGGCUGCUGUCCACGCUGACGGAGGCCACCCAGUGGUGUGACGCCGUCUCCUGCACCGCCUCCUCCACCUGCCCGUCCUCUCCCGCCUGCCCGCUCGCCUCCCUCCCGCCAAUCCCCCCGUCCCGUUUCCAAGACGCGCGCUCUCUGGCCAUGGAGCUGGGAGGCGGGGCCCUCCUGGACCUCUGGACCCAGACCGUGGAGCGCUACCAGAGGACGGUGGCACAGGUCAAGCCGCGCUUCCUCCAGACCGACCGGGCGCACAGCCAGGGCCAGGGGAAGCCCAAAACCCCCUCCGCCAGCAGCCUGUGGGACCUGAUGGGCCCCGAAGGAGAGGGCGACUGGGGGCUGGGCGCCGCCGGGGCAGAAGGGGGGCUGCAGUCCUGGGGCUCCCUGGCAUCCCUGUUCAGGCCGCAGACCUGCUCCACGCUGAAGAUAGGAGAAGAUAAAGGAAACAGGAAAGAGGCAGUGGGAGGGGCAGCCGGAGCCGGAGGAGCUGGGGGUGGGAAGUUCCUGCAGAACCUUCUAAAUCCUGCAAAGAAAAGUCCCACUGAGGCCCCACUGCCUCCCAAGCCACCCAGGAAGCGCCACCCCAGCUUCGACCUCCAGGCUCUGCUGGCGCCUCGUCGAGGUGCGGCGACCCCCAAGUCCAGCGAGCCCCCGGUGGGCGGAGCCAGCCGCAGCUCCCCCAUGUCCUGGCUGGGACGCCGGGCGCUGGCCGACCCGGUCAUCGCCACGGGCAUGGCCGCGGCCGUUCCCGGAUGGGGAGGAGGAGGAGGAAGUGGUGGGGUGUUGAUCCGAGGAGUGGAGGUCAGCAGCAAGGAGGUGGUGGACCACACCGGGUCGCCACGGCAACACGUCCUACUAGGGAGGACCGACAGGGAGACGGGGGCCGAUAGAGCCGGUUCAACUGCUCAAAGUAAGCUGUACCUGCUGUGGUGCCGAAUGCUGAGCUCAGAGAGGCAGUAUGUCACAGUCCUGAAGGGGGUAGAGGAGACAUACCUGCCUUUACUGGAGCUCUCAGACAUCCCGGCUAACAUCCGGGGGAAAGCGGACUCACUCUUUCCCAACUGGACCAGCCUGAGUGCCUUUCACUCUCAGGAUCUGCUCCCUGCCAUGGAAGGUGCUCUCGUGCAGAGCUUGCUGCAACAGGACUGCUUCAGCAAAUAUCGGGAGCAGUUUCUGCAGUAUUCCCACUACAUCAGGUCUAAACCGGAACUGGAUUCCCCACUGGUCACUCAGGCCUCUGACUUCUUUAAGUCCAAACUCCCCCAGGCCUCCCCCCUGUCCCCUCUGUCCUUCCCUCACUGCCUUCAGGCUCCCAUUCAGCGACUGGAGCAGUACUGUGAAGCUCUGGAGGAGCUGGGGGGCAUAAAUCCGGCCUCAGACUCCGCCCUCUCCAUCCUAAGGCACGCCCAGAGGCACGGCGAGGACCUCAGGGCCAGUGACCUCAUCGUCGGAUGUCCGAUCCCCGUGGCUGAGCGUGGCGAGCUGGUGCGGCAGGGCGAGCUCACGGUGUGCGGGGGCCCUCGGAGAAAGCGGGCCGGGGUGAGGAGCGUUUUCCUCUACCGGCACGUGGUCAUCUUCACCAAGCAGAAGAGCACGGGGCCGGGACGCGUCUCCUACAACUACAAACACAGCAUCAAGACGGGCGAGAUGGGUCUGACUCAGAGCGUCGGGGAUGAAGGUGUGAAGUUUGAAGUCUGGGUGCGACAAGCUCCUCGGACUAAAGAUUGCGUCACGCUCCAGGCGCAGGAUAGGGAAGACAGGGCAUCCUGGACUCAAGACAUCGCCCAUCUUCUGUGGACUCACGCCAUCAACAACACAGAGUUGUGUCUGAAGGAGUCGCUCUGCAUGGGGAUUUCGAGUAAGCUCCUGCUGGAUGCCACCGGAACUCCAGGCUCAGAGCUGGACUCCAUCUACAGCCUCAGUGACAGAGUCCACAGUAGCUGCUCUGACUCCUCCUCUGUCGGCAGCCAGAAGGAGGGGGGAUCCCCGGCGUCUGGAAGGGACCUCAGGAGCAGCUCGGGAUCAACGGGCUACUCACAGAGUCACUCCCCCUCCACGGCCGUGUGAUUUUCAUCUCAAUUAAGAAAACUGGACCCGGGACUUUUUCAAGCAUCAAACAUCUCUAAUCCAACUCUCGUUGAGCUGAAGUGGACCUCGAGAAGCCGGGAGACAAAAGACAGACCCUCCGGCUCUAUUGAAACUUCUCCCUCCACCUAGCUCUCCUGCCCCUUUCCCCGUUGCACCCUUCAUAUCCUCCAAAACAAAUAAAAUGCCAGAGGAUUAAGCAGAGCUGUUGUGCUCUGCUUUCUCCUGUUUUUUUUUUUUAAACCCACUAGUUCCAAAGUAACCCCCCCCCCCCCCCUCUCUCUCUCUCUCUCCCCCCGCGCACACACACCCUUCAAGAAAAGCUGCAUCCAAAACGGAUCAAAAUCGCCCCGUUUAAAGCAUGACAAGCACCAGCAGGGCUCUCUGCACUCCGCCAUUUUGGAUCUGCCAGUCUCGGUUGCUGGCAUAGUCAUCGACACCAAAGGCACUUCAGCCACACAGUGCGACCAUUGUCUGCCCCGCAGCCCCCCCACUAGGCCAAACCACUUGGUCUGAACCACUGACUGCCUGGCUGGCUGACUGCACGCAUCACAUGCUUCCAGCAUCUGAUAAUAAACAGGAAGUAAUAUGCAGGGCGUAAAUACGGCGUGGGAUUGCAGAUUAAGAAUGUAUUAUGAACUUUAUCAUCCUCAUAACGCCGAGCGGAGUACGGCUGGCUUUUUUUUCCCCUAUCCCCCCCCCCUUUUUUUUUUUUUUUCUGUGCCCGGCCUGUCUUAAAAAAUGCGUGGCAUAAGCAAGGUGA